AUGGAAAACUUGAAGCAGUUGAUCGUUAUCUACAACUUGCAUGCGUUGUCGGCAUCUUCUACAAUAGGUGUUCUUCACACGUACAAUUUGGCUCCGGGAUUCGAGUUUACCAACCUAGGGAAGAGAAUUCGGAAGGAUGUGGAGACAAUGAAAAUACAAAAUUUGGAGGGCAAGGGUGAAGAACCUUUAGAUGUUUUGGAGUAG